AUGUUGUUUCUCUCACUGCCGCGUUUGGGAGGCGGUCCCGGGCGUGCUCUGUGUACACCGACCUUUCAUGGGCUUUCUGAUGGGCCCUACCGGCGUCUCAAGUUCUCUCUCAAACCCAUUCGCCACGACUACCGGGACGUCCUCGUUUCGGCAGACCUCCGAAAGCUCACCGAGACUGCGCAGGAGUUGCUGCGGAAGAAGGAGACGAAGCGCCAUGCCUUCUGGGAGAUCUUCAGCAAGAGGGUGAAGGCCUCUGCCCACAUGCUCUCGCCGUCGUUGAUGGCUCUUAUCGCCCGGAGCUUCGACGUCCACGACAGAGACACAGGCAUCUACGUCGCUCUCGCCACUGCCCUACCAGAGUCGGUAAAGCGAGCGGACGGACCGUCUCUCUUGACGCUUUCCGACGUGUUUUCUCGGCGGCUGAAACGCGACAGCAAUCCGCCCCUGUUCAAGGCCAUCGCUCGCCAGCUUCCCAAUGCACUGUACCAGUUGACGGGAAAGGAUGUCCUCCGAAUCCUGAAGUCGCUGGACGCUGCGGGUCUUGCUGACAUGCUCGCGUGCCGGCAGGCGGCUCGGAAGCUCUGCGCGGAGCUCGACGAGCUAGACUGCGUAGAUCUCGCGGACGCGUCUGCCGUCUUUGGCAGCCAGGGUUAUCGGAACCCGGAGUUGUACCAAGCUCUCUCUCGACGGGCCGUCGACGUUAAAGACUCGUUUGAUGCCCCCACAGUGUUCCGGCUGCUGAGCGGCUUUAGCCAGAACGCCGUGGCGUGCGAGAACCUCCUGGAGUCGUUUUCGGCUCUGCUGGUGUCAUCCAGAAAUCAAUUCACGCUGUGA